UUGUCAGAGUUUAGAUUCUGUUCUUUAAAUAUUUCUGUCCAUAAAUAUAAUAAGUCUUUGGUUGUUAUAUAUUACAAUUAGUAUGUUUUAGUAGAUGUGGAAUUUGUCACCAGUCAAAAGACCAACACCAACUGGCAAAGUGUGACAGCUGCCAACUUCAUUAUCACCUGUAUUGUUUAGAUCCACCACUCACUCGAAUGCCAAAGAAGACCAAGUCUCAAGGCUGGCAGUGUAGCGAAUGUGACAAGACUGAAGAGGAUGACCAUGAGGAAGAAGUAGACCCAAAUGCACCACGAAAGUUACGUGAUCAUGUCAAAGGCCCAACAAAAUUCAAUCCAGUUAACAAGCCAGCUUUAGUGGAGAGAAGGGUAAUGAGAAGAGGAAGACAGCAAAGGCAGUUGAGAGUGUCUGCUGAUUCUAUGGACAGUUUUCCAGGAGAAGAGACAGAAACAAGCAUGGAUGUGUCAGACACAAAAGACUCCACACUAAGCACAGAAGAAACUGAAAAUACCACUUACAGCUCUUCUUCAAAACAAGUAUCUAAACAAAAAUUAAAUAUCCGUCGUCGUCGAGGUGGUCUUCGAGUGUCAGCCAAACGAAAAGCAGAAGUCCUUUUGUCUGAAACUGAGGAAAAGUUAGAGGAGCCUUUACGGAUAGUGACUAGGCUUAGUUCAACACCUACUCGUAAAGCAGCAGAAAAAGACCUAAGAACUGACUGUGUUCGUUGUGGAGAAUCCGGUAGCAACACCAACCUUGUGAGGUGUGAUGAGUGCAAGAACUGCUUCCAUUUCCACUGUCUGGUUCCUCCAGUGAAGAAAUCCCCUAAACCAAGAGGCUAUACCUGGUUUUGUGAGGACUGUGACCAAACUGAAGGACAAGAAGGAUCCAAUCAUGUAAUGGAAGAAAUCAAGACCGAAGAAGAGAUUGAAACAUCAACUUAACAAAUAGUAACAAGUGAACUGAAAAGAAGGAAAAAGUAAAAUGGACCAGAACGACUCCUUUUGAGAUUAAUGAUUAUUUUAAAAGUAUUUACAAAUACGAUGCUUUUAAUUUUGUAGUGGGUUAGCUUGGAAUGCAAGCAGUUCACUUUCUACUCAUGAAAUGCUGUGAAACCUUAGUAAGACAAAGCCAAGAAGUCCAGUGGAAACUUACAACUUGUUUUCUUUUAUUCCACAUCAUAAUCACCCAUUUAUAAAUCUAGUCAACUCAGUUUAGUUACACAGCUCAGUCAUAUAUUAAAACAUUGUUAGUUAAAAUACAGAUCAUAUUGCUUGCUCUUCCACUGUUGAGAUAUACUUUUGAUUAAGUCCGUAGAAAGAACUGAAACCAUGUCUUUCAUAUUGACUACUUGUUUAAGAAUAACUCCAUAAGCCAUUAUCACUUUGUAGCAACUUAGCUAAUCAAAACUUGGUACUGGCUGGAAAUGUUGGACAACUAAGAUUGUGGAUUUUAAUGGGUGAUGUGAGAAUUUGCUUAAGUAUACAAAAACUGAAGUUCAGAAUUUCGGAUACUUUUCUUGUUGGCAAAAGGUCUAAUAAGAAUGCUGUAAACAAACAGAUCAUGUGUGUGUUGCUUUUUUUUGGUAUUAGUUCCAUGAAUGAAUGUGUUCAUCUUCCGUGCAGACGAACUGGUUUUAUAUAUACACUAUUUAGUUUACCCAAUAAUAAUAAAAACAACAACAUGUGUGCAUUGUAUGAUUACAAAACAAAACGUUAAUUGUUGUUGAAUGUAGCCAUUCCAUUGUAUGUAAACAUUGAAUCUGCAUCAUUGUUUUAGCAGUUUAUUAUAUUUAAUCAGUGUUUCAUUACUGACUUUUAUUCAUGGCAUUAGUUUAUGCAAAUAUACACUAAACAUAGCAACUCAAGAAACAUAUGGUUUAGAAGCGAAAUCUGCUAAAAAAAAUUGAGGCAUAAUGGGGUUUGAGCUUUCGCACAGAAUUUCAGACUAUUUUGAAGAGUAGAAGGAUAAAUAUGCAAUUACCUCGGCAUCUAAAAACACUUAACUUUACAGAUAUAUUAAUAACAGUUUUCUUUAAAGUACGUGUAGUGUGACUGAGUAACAGUAUUAUUUCAGUAUAAUAUAUAUACAGUUUCAUUCAUGCUAAGCUUAGUGUUUAGAAAUGUCAAAAUCUGUUUUUUGUAAAUCUGUUAGCUUAGAUUUUGACGUUUUUAAGCAAUGUUAAAAUGUUUUAGUUUCCUGUAUUUUUUUAGACAUACAACACUGUUUUUGUAGGAUGUGUAAGUACAUACCUUGUUUUCUACAUUUGUGAAUAGGGUUGAAGUCAUGUCGCUUAUUCAGCUUAAACAGAUGUUGAAAUAUCUGAAAAUUUUGAAUCUCUAGGUGGGUACAAAUAACAUUUAUUAAUGGGUAUUUGGAAAAAGAAUUGGAAGUAAUUCAAUUUUUUGUUUCUAGUGACAGAAACAAAAUCUGAUACUGGUAUUUGUAAACAUGUUGUUUUUUUUUCUUAUCAAAGGCAUUCUUACCGAUUGCUGUGUGAAAAAUAUAGUUUCACUCUAAAUUAAGUAGCAAUUUUUUUAUUAUUGUUUGAAAACCAGGUUGUGUAUUGAAGGAAAAUAUUUUGCACUUGCAGUAAGUAUGUCUUGAACUUUUAACAAUAAAAACUGUGUUUUAUUUGACGUUUUUGAACAGUGUGAAACGAGUUACAUAGAUUUGUUUAAUCCCUGCUAGUUUGAUUCAGACAUUUAUUGAAAGUGAACAGCCACAAAACAAAGCUCUAGGUUAGAAACUAUGUUCCAAUUGGACACUGCGUACGUUGAUGAGCGUUAUUGCAUUAAUACCCUUGUAGAGUGAUAAUUAUGUUGUUCUUUACUGAACAUUUACAUAAGCUAUACCUUAUAUACAUUUUAUCAGUACGUACCAAAAUUUUAAAAAGGCGUGGUACUCUAUACGUUUUAUCAGACACCUUGGUAAUUGUUUAUCAAGUUAUCUAAUUUAUAAAACUUUGAUUGGUGUUAUUUAAAAAUAUUUUGCGGUAAAAAUAAAACGGAAUUUGUACGAAAAUCUUUUGAACUGAUAAAAAAAUGUAAAGAUAGAUCUGAUUUGUAACGAUAGAAAUUACAAAGUGGUUUUAAUUAUUCUUUAUGAAAAGAUAACCGUAGUGUUACAAUAUUAAUCAAUAAAUUUUCAAUUAAAUUCCAACAGCUUUUUAACCGUUUGGGUACCUUUAUAGCUUUUAUCUAUAAAAAAAAAAAAUAAUAGCCUUAAGGCUAAUACCAUAAAACGUAGGAAAAGGGUAAACAUUUUAAAUUUAAAAUGUUUUCCACAAAAAAGAACACUUAUUUGAUUCAAUCAGCUUUUUGGAUUUAACUUUUUUAAUACUAACUUUGUCUCGGGGUUGCAGUUCAGGUGUUACUGAAAUUUGAUUGGAAUAUAAAAUAUUCAUACAACAAAAACUCGUUAACAAAUAAAUUAGAUCUAGAAAGUGAUGUGCCUCGAAAUACUUAAAUGCCAGCGCCUUCUGUCGACAGUUGUUGGUCGGCUAUCAUGAAUUUCAAAAAUAACUUGUGCCACAUUUUCUAAACAUCUUUACAGACGUAGAAAUAUUUCCUUUAAGAAUUUACUGUUAACUUUCGGGUACUGUUUUGAUUUGGGAAUGGGAAAUACAAAAGCAUGAAGCCGUUAAAACAUUUUUGUGACCAUAAAUAUUAAGCACAAGUAACAGCAGUAAUCCUAAACAUCGAUUCAUGUUUUAGUUUAAUGAUCUUAUCGAUUUUCAUAAAUACUUAAUAGUUUACUUUUUCUUUCACAGUAAAGCUAGAAUUUUUUAUGUAAAAACUGAAACUGUACUAUUAUGUACAUUCGCGGGCUCGAAUCUUGAGCUGGCUAAGUUUUUACUCUUUCAGAAAAUACCCCCAGUGGCUUAUAACGCUAAAAACCGGGUUUCGAUAGCUCCUUUCGUAGCUUUGUGCUCAACAACAACAAAACUUUAAAAAAUAUAUAAUAUACCGAAAUCUACUUUUGUCGUUAAUUUUUGAAACGAUGAAUUAGCUUGAAACGUAACACCUUAAAAAGAUAAAUUGUCAAUCCUUAACAUAUUGUAGGAAAAUGAAUUGUGUGUGUGUGUCUUAGUAAGUAUAUCCGUGUGCCAUGUGGAUUUAUGGACGAGUUUUCGUAUUGGUUUGUGUUGAUAUAUCUAAACGAACUAUGUUACUUCACUACAGUAUACAUUACUGAAAUUUUCUUUUAUACAGUUAUAAAUCAGAAAAUGUUAAUAAAAACUAAAACUGUGGCUUGAAGAAGAAUUGAUAGGAUGUAGCAAUAUAAAUUGCAUUGUAAGUGAAACUAAUUAAUGAUAUAUUACAUAUCUACCAUUAAAAUGGUGAUGAUUAGGUCUAGAAAGUGAGAAUAGUUUGUGUUUAAUGUUUGAUUAAUAUUUUAAUUUUUCUAUAAAUAACGUUUGUAUGUCACAAUUCAUAAGUAACCCGUAGAGCUAUUAUAGGUUGGCGUGUUUCUGUGUGUAUUGUAAAAUGUGGUAAGUGUAUGAAAACUUAAAACAUAAUAUUGAAAUGAUUUUGAUAUGUGAGUGUUUUAAUAUGACUUGCAUAGAUUGCUUGGUAUUUAAUGUACAAACCAUUUAAAUUCUAACAAAUUUAAUGGACAUUAUAUUAUUUAGUUCUAAAUAACCUGUGAAAUUCUGAACCCUUAUAUAUGACGUUUCAAGAUGCUCCAUUAUUUCGAUAUAGAACAAGAAUAAACCUGAUCAAUGCUAAGAUUUUUGUUUGGAAUUUUACUGCAGUUAAGAUAGGAUAGCUCAUUAAAGUUUCAGUGAAUUUUAUCACUUCUUGCAUGAACAGAGCCAAAGUUACUUUAGUUUUAUAUUACGUUAUAUAGCUACUCAGUUUCUUUUAAUUUCAUAGUUUAGCAGCUGUUUAUUGUUUGCGAACAAUUUCGUGUUGUUUUUGUAACAUCAUUCUUUUAAGUAGUUGUACUUAUUUCCAUUGAAGACAUUUAUAUGUUUCUUAAUUAACCAUAUCCUUUUUUUUCUGAUUUUAUUUUAUUGACUUUGUAUAAUUUUUAGAAUAAAUAGUUUUUUUAUUUUAUUGUGCAUUAAAAGGUUUGUAAACUGCAAAUCAUACAUAUAGGAUGUUGGAAUUGUGGUGUUUGUGUUAUAUAUAUAUAUAUAAAUGAAAUGACUUUCUUUUCGUGUGAAAUUUGCGUAAUGCACCAGGAAAAUAAUUAUUCAAACUUGUACGUAAAAAUACUUGUUACUUCAGUGUAGAAAUGUAUGAAUGUUGUCUAAAGUUUUAAAGGACUUGUGAAGUAAGUGCUAAUAAAAUAAGUUUUCAUGCUUA